UGUGUCUUCUGACUCAGAAAUAAAAACCUAAGUCCUUGAGUUCUGCUUUCCUUCUUUGGUUGGUGAACUGAGCCUCCCAACACACAGGUACCGGUACGUGUUGUCCCCGGAGAGGACCUUUGGCUCCCGGCUGCCUAAUGGGUCCUGGACGGGCAUGAUGGGCAUGGUGGUGCGGGAGGUGAGAGAGACCAGGCAAGGCUGCACUGACCUGUGACACUUCUUUGGUAGCAUUAUUGUUGAUCUGUACGUAGAUGCAAGGGACACAAACAACUGGAGGAGACUCUCACAUGGCGCCAACCCUUAACUCUAAGGAAACAGCGAGAGGAGAAGAAAUUGUUGAUCUGUCGUGUUACCGGUGUUCAAUUCUGUGAUGCAGACACGGUUCUCACUGGUUUCAGGAGGCCCAGUUCGCCACGGGGCCCUUCUCGCUCUCACCGGUGCGGGUAUCAGCCGCCGACUACACCGUGCCCUUUUGGACUGGAAGCCUCAAGAUAGUGGGUGGGCUUGGCGGGGUAAGGAUAGACCAGUGGGGCUUCCUGCUGCCUCUCACGUUCCUGGUGUGGGUGUGCACUUUGGCGGCGCUCCUCGGUGUGCUCGUCCUCUUACUGAUCCCCUUCUACCUGCCGGACACCAAACUGGGCCGCGGCGGCUGGUCGGCAGACACUCUGAACUGUGUCCGCGUUCUCCUGCAGCAAGAUAGUGAAUUGCCCGAGGAGUGGUGGUGGUGGGAGCGUCUGUUGAUAGGAGUAUGGAUGCUGAUGACGCUGGUGCUGACGAAGAGCUACUCCGGCAACCUCAUGUCCCUUCUGGCCGUCAAACACGUGCCGCAGCCGUUCCAGAGCACCAGGGAUGUCCUCAACGAUCCGCACGUCAGCAUGAUAUGGCAGAAGUAUUCCAGGACUGAGGAGUUUCUAAGAUCCGUCAAAUCCGGGAUAUUCCGCGAGGUGGCGGACUUGGAGGACGAAGGUCGCCUCAGGUUCCACACUCAGGCCCAGUACCUCGACAGCUUCAACACCUUGGUGAGGGCCGGGGACCACGUGCUGGUGGACGGGGAGAACACCAUCAAACGCUUAAUAGCUUUGGACUUCUCUCAGAAAGGUCGCUGUGACUUCUACAUCUCAAAGGAUGGCUUUUUCCCCUUCCUUGCUUCUAUUAUGAGUCAGAAAACAAACCCCAUUAUUCAAGGACUCAACCCAAGAGCAAUAGCCAUUGUGGAAACGGGGCUCUUGUCCUUCUGGGCGCAUGAAGUACCCAACCUCACUCGAUGCGACAACAUUCCCAAGAAAAUGGUGUUGUCCACCUCUCUCUCCACCACUCAUCUCUGGGGCAUGUUCGCGGUGCUGGGCGGGGGUCUGGUGGCCGGGACGCUGAUGUGGCUGGUGGAGCUCCUCCUCUUCCCCGUCAGGAAGCACCGCCCCCCACGAGCACCUGCUACCGUGUCCAAGUGACGGCUAGACUCAGGCGUGUCUAUGAUCAAGCCAGUUGCUCCUUCCGGUUUUUUUUUUUUUUUUUUUUAAUAUUGUUAUUAAAUCAGUUUCCUUAUGAAUAUAAAUAUGAAAAAUAAAAACAAAAAU